UGACCGUUCCAUCAUCUACAACCAGAUAUGAUAAUAGCUACUACAUCGCCGUGUUUUACAAGUUUAUAAGUUUGUGCUGACCAAUUGAUUUAAGGUUUACAUACAUAGUGUAUUGGUGUUUCAUGUCGUUUUAAGUAAGGUUAGGUCAAGUUUUAACAAAAGCAGGACCUCUGAGGUAAUCGAAAUCCAGCCGGUAAUCAGAGGCCAUCGCACGGUGAUUUCCCGAUACAGUCAAGAUCAAAGGGCAGGUUUGAGGCUGAAGGUUUCUGGCAAACCUAAGGCAAGAUGUCCAUCUCCUGUGGGGCGAUUUAUCGAUAAUCUAGGGAUCUUCCCAUUCUUUCUCCUUAUCAUGCAGGAGUGCUGGCCUGGCGGACUCAAGAUCUGAACCAAAGAGCUUGUUGACUGACGUACGUACAGGUGAACCAAGUCCAACCGCCAUUGCCUUCAUUCUACGAUUCUACCUUCCCUAAGAAACUACGAGGCUGUCCUACCAGACCUGGCGGCCGUGAGUGUCGGACUAAAUUAUUGUACACCAAUAAACUAGCGCCCCAAUUUUUCAAGCUUGUAUCCACAACUGCCCGCUAAUUGGAAAAUAACGUCCACCGUUAUUUUCGCUUUAUUUAUCUAUUGUGCGUAUGCGCAUGGAUGGGCGCACAUUGUUGCGUGCUCGCACCAUUGAUUGCUCUGCCUGCCGAUGACAACAAACCAAGUGCUGAUGCAUACACACACAUCUAUCCAUCCACUGUAUCUUACUGCUUGGUGCCUACUGCCUACUAGAUCGACGUGUCCCAAGUAGUUAAUCGUUAGCUCGUGCUAACUCGGUCAAGUGAAGGCUCCUCCGGACCAUCCCCAGCGGGCAGAUGAAUUCAGACCGAUGUGUGAUUGUGGCGGCUGCCCGAACUCCCAUAGGCAAUUUCCUGGGGGCCUUGGCCAAAGUGUCCAGUCCUCAAUUGGGCAGUCAUGUCAUCUCGGAGGUGCUCAAACGCAGCGCUGUUCCGCCUGAAGAACUCUCGGAAGUCAUCAUGGGACAGGUGCUUCAAGCCGGUCAAGGGCAAAAUCCGGCUCGACAAGCUGCUUGGCAGGCCGGAGUUCCGUUUCAGGUGCCUGCCAUGAAUGUGAGCAUGGUCUGUGGGUCCGGGCUCAAAGCCGUGAUGUUGGCUGAUCAAGCCAUUCGAGGCGGUGAGGCUGAGGUGGUGGUGGCCGGAGGUCAAGAGUCCAUGAGCCAAGCUCCUCAUGCCAUGAACAUCCGGAAUCCCACUAAAUUCGGCCAUGCAGAGCUGGUGGAUCUCCUACUCCAAGAUGGUCUCACGGAUGCAUUUAGCCGCAUUCACAUGGGCAUCACGGCUGAGAACGUGGCUGCCCGAUGGAAUAUUUCUCGCGAAGAGCAAGAUCAGUUUGCCGCAGAUUCGCAAGCCAAGGCUAAGAUUGCUCAAGAUGCUGGCCAUUUUGACCAAGAAAUAGUCCCAUAUACAAUCACGGGUCGACGGGGUGAACUGACCGUGGUGGCCAAAGAUGAGUUUCCUAAACCCGAGACCACCGUGGACGGGCUGAAAAAACUCAGGCCAGCAUUUAAGCCGAGUGAUGGAACUGUGACUGCGGGCAAUGCCUCCGGCAUCAAUGAUGGAGCUGCCGCUGUCUUGGUCAUGUCUGAGAAGGAGGCUCUGAAGCGUAAUCUCGUACCCUUGGUCAGGAUUGUGGCUUCGGCCAGCGUGGGCUUGUCCCCAGAAAUCAUGGGUACUGGACCCAUUCCGGCGGUUAAGAAAGCGAUUUCCAAAGCCGGUUGGAGCAUUGAUGAGGUCGACCUAUUUGAGUUAAACGAGGCCUUUGCCGCUCAAUCCAUUGCUGUGGUUAGAGAUUUGAAGAUCGACCCGAAGAAAGUGAAUGUGAGUGGAGGGGCCAUUGCUCUUGGUCAUCCGAUUGGAGCUUCAGGUUGCCGUAUUUUAGUGACCUUGAUUCAUUCGCUAGAACGCCUUAAUAUGAAGAAAGGUGUGGCCUCGUUGUGCAUCGGAGGAGGAAUGGGGGUGGCCAUGUGCGUUGAGCGCCCUUGAAAACUAGCCACUUUCCUACGCAUUUCUCAAUAUAUAAACAUGUAUAUUAGCUGAAUCAAACCCAAACCCUUUUCAAAUACAAUGAGCCCAGACCAUUGACCCUAAAUGUACUCAAAACAUUUCGAAAGUUCAGCUAGUAGUAUCAUGUCUCACCGACGUCAAACCUAGACCCCGUAUCGACUUACGGCUUUCCAGAAUGUCCACUAUCACUCUGGCUCCAUCCAGUCAAGAGAAUUAUCAAGGAAAAACACCCAUGAAAAGGGUCAGACCGUGAGAUCAUGUCUAAAUCAGAAUGAGUUUUGUCGUCUUGGGGGCUCAAGGUACAAUUCAAAUAGUCACCGACGUCAGUUUUAGGGUAAGAAAUCUGUUCCUGAGGGGGGCGGUCGGCUCUCAGCUCGAGAGAAACCGAUUUCAAAUUUUCCACCCCAUUGCCUUAGUAAAAUGUAGUAGGUCUCUCACUCUGAAAGCAUAGGGUGUGACAGAUUCACGACCCAAAUUUGGAGCGAACUUGAUGUAUGGGACGAUUUGACUCCAGUCCCAACUCUCAUAUACGUACAUUAAGACAUGAUUGUGAAGAGGUCGUGACCACCUCAUUUUUCUUCUGUUCUGACCGUUUGAGGCAGAUGUACGAAAUUUCGCAUUUUCUUGGGCUCGCUCGACCUCUUCCAUCUAUCUAUCACCUUAAGUCCGCAAGAAUCCCUUUUGUCCUGUCGUGAAUUCGCAUUAGAGUACUAUGGGUAGGUUUCGUCAUUCAGCACUCCGGCUUUGGUUCACUGAAUAACAUUUGUUGACAUGUGCCCCGAUGAUGUUCCGUUUUCAAUGAAUAAUCCCCUCAUAAAUUUAUUUUUUUCCGUUUAUCUAGCUUUCAAGUUUCCCAUGAAUAAAUCUAUUCGUAUUAGAUUCGAAUUAUGUCAAAUAAGAAAUAUAUGAAUUUUGGAUUUUCA